UGUGUUUGAAGGAUUUGACCACAUUUUCUGGAGUAAAGUGUUGCAUUUUUUUCGUGGUUUUGUUUAUUUCGGAUACUUUCUUUCGUUUGACUUGAGUACUCUCUGAAUCACUCUCAAUUUUCAUUUUACUGAAGUUGAAUUGAUACCCUUCAACACGCUUUAAAAAAUCUUGAUGGAUUGAUGAAGAAUUUCGAUGGAUUAAAGUCGUAUUCAGAUGUGAUGUGGUGCUGUACAUUUACAUUGAAUAUCAUGUUAGAAAAUCCUUUCUUGGUCUUUGGCGGAUAAGUAUGCCAGUGGCGUCAAAGAUGCGCCUUUGUGGAAGUUGCGUUGGGAAAUCUUCCCGUAAUUCUCCGCCGAUGAUCGGAGCUCCCAUGCCGCAUCAUAACGCCAACAACGUCGGUGGUCAAUCAACUCACGGAAUACUCGUAAAUCACACGGAAGCGAAUCGGAACCAUGCUUUGAACUCACAUCGGAGUAAUUCUCUUGGACAACAGAAACCAAGCGUCCAUUUUUCAAACUCUGCAGUCUCAGGUCCGACAGCCAAUCAUGGGAGUCCGAAUCAAGUGACACAAGUUGAUGGGACUAGUCCGAAUCACGUGAACCGCGGGACACCAAACCAGUUGAGUUUACACUGUAAUAAUAACACUGACCAGGCUGUUCAAAACAGUUACUACAGCCCGCAGAAUCAGGCGGUGUCAUGUUCGAAUAGUGUGUGCAGCUCGCAACAUCAGACGUUUUCAAAUUCAAAUAGUGCGCACACCUCUCAAAAUCAGCCUGUCCCAGGUUCAAACAGCUUUUACAGCCCUCUUUCAAGUUCAAAUGGUCCGUACAGUUCAAAUCAUCAGACUGUUCCCAGUUCAAAUGGUAUCUACAGCCCUCAUCGACAGACAGUCCAAGGUUCAAACAUAUUUUACAGUCCUCAACAUCAGACUGUUCAAAGUUCAAACAAGUUCUAUAGUCCACAGCAUCAGACUGUUCAAAGUUCAAACAAAUUCUAUAGUCCACAGCAUCAGACUGUUCAAAGUUCGAACAAAUUCUAUAGUCCACAGCAUCAGAACGUCUCCAGUUUUAAUGGCCCUCAGACAGUUUCAACGCAUCAGACAGGUUCAAAUCAUGUGACACAGCAUCUGAAGAUAUCGGUGAAUCAUAAUCGCCAAGAGGAUAACAGUCCUCAGCAUUUGCAGGUGAUGACAUCAUGUACCCCUCAAACAAACUAUGAAUUGCCGAGCAACCAUGAAACCAUAACAAAGCAAGCACAAGUACAAGUGGCAAAAACACCACAACCUGCUCCAGUGCCAGUGCCAGCGACCGCCCCUACACCCCCAGCACGCGGCAUCAUGUCUAGUAUCAAGCACCGCCCGGCCGCAAAGGGCGGUGUGGUCAAUCGUUUCGAUGGAACCAGUCAGUAUGAGCUUGACCUCACCUACAUCACAGAGAGUAUUAUUGCCAUGACCUUCCCAGUUGAAGGUCAGGAGGUCACGUACAAGAACAACAUGAAGGAAGUUGCUAAGAUGCUGCAGACGAAGCAUGAAGAUGGAUAUAUGGUCAUCAAUUUGUCCGAAAGAAGAUUUGAUCUCUCGAAAUACAACAAGCACGUUUUGGAGUAUGGUUGGCCGGAGAACCUAGCGCCCCCUUUGGAGCGCUUGUGUAGCAUUUGUAAAUCGAUCGACUCGUGGUUGAACUCCGACCCGAAUCAUGUCGUCGUUGUCCAUUGUAAGGGACGGAAGGGACGGACGGGAGUAGUGAUCGCGGCCUAUAUGCAUUAUAGUAAUAUCUGUGCAAGUGAUGACCAGGCCCUCGACCGCUUCGCCAUGAAACGUUUCUACGAUGACAAACUCGGCGGAAUCACGCAGCCCUCCCAACGACGAUACGUACACUAUUUCGCUGGCCUCCUCUCCGGUGCAAUAAAAAUCAACAGUAGCCCCCUCUAUCUCCAUCACAUCGUAAUACACGGCGUGCCAAACUUUGAUGGGAGCGGUGGAUGUCGGCCGUUUAUCAAGAUUUAUCAGGGAAUGGACCCAGUGUAUACAUCUGGAGUGUAUAACGUAACCGAUAAGAUGACCAAGGUCUGCUUCACACUGGACCCUGGUCUACUCCUCCGCGGGGAUAUUCUAGUCAAGGGCUACCACAAGCGGUCGCGCUCCGGUACUCGUGAUGUCAUCUUCAGGACGCAGUUUCACACCUGCGCUGUUUCGGAUUAUGGUUUUGUUCUUGGCAAGAACGACCUGGACGACGCUUGUUUCGAUGAGAAGUUUCCUUCGAGUGCCCGAGUAGAGUUCAUAUUUUCAAGUGGUGCUGGCAAAAAUAGUGAACUUCCGUCCUACUUCAGUGUAGAGCCGGCAGGUGACCUCCUGAACGACUCCGGUGUCCUCGUCGACGACAACCAAGAUCCCCUCGUCCGAUGGGACUCGUACGAAAACUUCAACACGCACCCUCCCAAUGAAAACGGUGAGGCGAUAACUCACACCACCUCCACAGUGACACACCAAGAGCAACGCAUCGACCACCUCUCCGCUCCCGAUGGAAGUCUGUACGCCACGGUAACCAAGAAGAGGGAGCCACUUGUGCAAACGACUACCAAUGACAUGUUACAUAAUAGCAUGGACUCUGGUAUAUCAUCAACUUCAGGUUUUACUAGUGCCAGUGUCAGCCUAAGUGUUAGUCAUUCAGGACCUGCAAACACCCUGACCUACUCCUCAAGUCAACCUGUCCACACGACCCAAACAACGACCAUCUUGAACAAGUCGCAUACGACCCCUAGUGACGAACAAUCGGAACUAGAUCAAGUGCUCGCUGAUCUUCUCGGAAGUCAAACGCUGAUAAGUACACAGCCGAUCACAGGGACCGGUGCUCAGCAAGCGGGGCAGGUCACCUACGGUUCACUAACGAGAAAGGGGAAAGUCCCGGAAUCUGAAACAAUGCAUAAAACAUACAGUUAUAAAACGGAGACGGUUCGGCAGAUUAAUCAAAAUGAUUAUAACAUCGAUCAGAUGAUGGACAACUUGGACAGAGAUCGCGUCACAGCCGUGAAUCGCACUCACAUGCAGAACAAACGUGACGUUGCCAAGGAUUAUAAUCGCCAAUCAGAUCAUCUGGAUUUGGCCAUUCCCGCAUCGAUGGAUACUAGCACGUGGCUGGAGCAACAGCAACGGAAGCUGACGCAGCGACGGCAGUCACGUGAGCGUACGCCGCAGGAGAAACAGCUUGUAAAAGAGCUGCAGUCGGCGCAGGAUAAGUUGUUGUCAAAACGGCAGCAGACCGAGGCAGAGGAGCAGGCUAUCUUGGAUCGCUAUAACCAGAAUGACGUCGAUUUAUCUGGUUACACUUCCGACCCUGAGGGAAGCAACCGGAAGUACUUCUCGAAGGUUCAGCGCCGUUAUCGAACAUCCGAUGGCCCGGGGUCUUAUAACACGAUCCAGAAUGUCUACUCAACAUCAUCUUAUACUACGUAUACAUCCUCAAUGAAUAAUAGUUCCUACAUGCCGACGUCUGUCACCGAGACGUACUCCUCGCAAGGGGCGCAAACGUCGUCGACAAAACCACCGCCAUCGCCCAUUAUGGGGCGGAGCAAUGUUGGUCCCACACCGCCCUCCCCAGCCGUGCCGGUCAGGUCCAGUAGUAAGGAUGCGGUAAACCGGUCACGGAGUAUGAACCGGAGUGAGUGGACAACCUACCAGCAGUCCUUGUCACGCCAGAACUCUGACCCCGGGUACGAUCGGCGUGUUUCUCCGACACAUUCACCUCGGUCGCAGUCGCCGAUGAAUUACUCACAAAGCUUCAGCUAUCAGAGUCCACCACAGUCGGCGCCAACGUCUGCAGAUACCUCUUUCUCAUCUCGACAAGGAAUCUCGUCGCCGCUAACAACAAAUGUUAGCUACGAAACCCAUACCUUACCUGCCCAGAAAUCUACGACGUACGUCGAAAAACGGACCGUCUACGAAACACAGUCGAAACCGGUUGAGAAGUACACAUAUGAAACAGCCACCAUGCCGACGCAGAAAACAUCGCGAUACGAUGGCUAUGCUAAUGUGUCUAUACCACCAGCGUCAUCGGGUUAUGUUACGAGCACGGUGUCGAACUCAAGAUACGGUUACGAAAGUGAGCCAGAGGGAGCCACUAGGACGACCGUCACUACUUUGAGUCGGAAACAGAAGGACGUAUCAGAUUCAUCAACACAUGUGAAUACCACUUACACAUCGGAAGAUCUAGAUCGUGCUAUACAACAGUUGGAACAUUUGCAUGCGAAUGCCACGCAGGCGCAACUGAAUGCGCAAAAGGCAAGGGAAGCGCAUGCGCUUGCGCAAGAACGUAUAUUACGGGAGCAGAAACAGGUCGUCACGGAGCAGACAGUCACGACAAAUAAAACGCAAAAUGUCGCUCAGUGGAUGAGAGAGAAUCAAGUGACACAAGAAACGGUGCAAAAACGGGGAGAGCACCCGCGGGAAAACCCACAAAGUAUUAACAAUAAUGCCUCACCGCUGACGGAGAAGUUCCCGUCGCCUCUCGGGCAGCCGUAUUCAACCAUUAUGGUGAAUCGUGACGACCCCCAGAUGAACAAUAUUUACAGUACAGUAGAGGUCAACCGCCGGAAUAAUAGCAGUUCAGAUUUACCGAUGACGCCGGGAUAUCCUGGCGAGCCUUCCCCGACGCCUGUUUUCCCACCACCCUACAGUGCAAUACUUACGCAUGCCGAUCCUGUUCCUAGUCCUAGUUACCAGUCGCCUCGCCAGGAGGCGUCACCUGUGAUAAACAGUGCAGACUAUAGAACUGAGAGACAGUAUGCAAAUCAGGAGAAUUUGACACCCUACCCCAGAUCGGUGUCACAACAGGAGUCAAAUAGUCCAUUUAAAACUAAUGUCACGUUUAAUGGAUAUCCUAGACCAAAGAACACAGAAAUCUUACGGGGAGCAAGUCUAGGUAUCGGUGCGCCUGUUGAUACAUCAGAACAUGUUUACGAAGUUCUGAAUAUUCAGAGGAGGGGUAACAGACUCGAGGACCUCGAGCGCAGCCUCCAGGCAGCCCAGGAAGCAAUCACGGCUGAAGCAGCUCUCCGUCGUGAACAGAAACUGCAACAACGACAGGAAGAGAUGUUGAAAACGUUGACGACAGAGGUACAGCAGACGCCAUCCCAGAGCCAUGAGUCGCACACAACGCGGACAGUAACGACGACUAUAACACAACAACAACAACAGCAAUUGCAACAGCAAAAAGAACAGUGGCAACAAGAGGAGUUGCGACUAGAAAAGUUGCGACUGGAAAAGUUGCGGCAACAGGAAGAACAAUUGCGACAAGAGCAGUUGCGACAACGAGAUGAGCAGUUGCGACAGGAGCAGUUGCGGCAACAAGAGGAACAGUUGCGGAAACAAGAAGAGAAAUUGCGACAAGAACAGAUGCGUCAACAAGAGGAGCAGUUGCGACUGGAACAAUUGCGACAAGAAAAGUUGCGACAACAAGAAGAACAAUUGCAACAGGAAAAAUUGCGACAACAAGAAGAACACUUGCGGCAACAAGAAGAACAGUUGCGUCAAGAAAAGUUGCGGUUACAACAAGAGCAGUUGCGACAAGAACAGUUGCGGCAAGAACAGUUGCGGCAAGAACAGUUGCGGCAAGAGCAGUUGCGGCAAGAGCAGUUGCGGCAAGAGCAGUUACGACAAGAGCAGUUGCGACAAGAACAGAUGCGGCAAGAGCAGUUGCGGCAAGAGCAGUCACGACAAGAGCAGUUACGACAAGAGCAGUUACGACAAGAGCAGUUACGACAAGAACAAAUCCAGCGUGAAGUUCAGCGGACGGUCAUUGAAAAGCAAACAGUCAUCACCCAACAGUCUGCACCGCCACCGAAACAGGAAGAGGAGGAGGUCAUAACGCUUCGAGCAGUUGGCGUGCAAAAUUUAGAACCUGACCAUGAUGGCACAGAUCACUCGGACGGACGACCAGUGUCACCAGCUUUCCCUGGUACCGCACAAGCCACACCCCCCUUCCCAGUCACACCACGGACGCCAUAUGCUAAUGUUAAUCAAGCACCCACCCCUGGGAAUACUCCAGCCUCCUCCGCACCGUCUGUCGUAACGGCCCAUUGCCAGGAUGUAACAACAACAACAACAACACAUGCUCACUCUCAGUCCUCGUACACGCCAAGUUCUGAUCCUCUCUACGCGUCCAUCGCGGACGUCUUAGAGAAAUCGGACGGAGAGAAGUCAGGUGGCACCGCCGGCAACCAGACCCUCGUCAAGGCAACUGUACACCAACAGUACCAUAGCGACUCGGCACAGCCAGGAACACCAAGCGGCACCAUGGUACGCCAACAGCAAGGGCAGCAUGUCCAGUAUGGACAGGCGCCGGGGACGCCAAACAUGUCACUUCAGAGACAGGCGAUGCAACAGCAGCAACAACAACAACAGCAGCAACAGCAACAACAACAACAGCAACAGCAGAGUCGACAGGUUGUAACUACACGCAAGGUAGAGGAGAAGAAUCUCCAACAACAGUUUCAGUACCCCCUUUCGUCACAGGGUGGCGCUGUAAUGCAUGGAGGAACACUCGAACGUAACAUGCAGGGUGGGACACUGGAGCGUAAUAUGCAGAUGCAGGGUGGGACAUUGGAACGUAAUAUGCAGGGUGGUAUGCGAGGCGGAACUCUGGAGCGAAAUAUGCAGGGCGGGACUAUGGAACAUACUGUACAGGGUGGAAGUAUUCAGAGCAGUGGCAUCCAACAUGGUGCCCAAGAUGGUUUUGCCCACGGGGCCCAGUCUCAAGGCGGCGGCUAUACGCAGGUCCGUAAGACAGUCACGACCAGCCAGCAAAACCAGUUCAGCCAGCAUGGUGGUGGCAGCACCGGCGGCAGUGGUGUGAUCUACCAGCAAGAUGGCGUUCGUGGACCGAGCGGGUCAAUGACGUUACAGCACCAGAAAUCGCAGCAGUCGUACCAGCAAGGCGGGUCUGCCACGCUCCCUAGACAGCUGAGCGCCCAGGAGCAAAUGGGGCAGUUUUCCACACAGCAGGGUGGCCAUACAGUCCAAGUCCAACAUAGUGGACAGUCGAUGCAAUAUUCGCAGGAGGGCGGUCAUCAGGGAAUGACAAAUCACCAGGCGCAAGGGAUGCAGGGAUCGAUGCAACAUGGGUCCAUGCUUGGACCCGGCCAAGCCUCCGUGCAAGGCUCCAUGCAGGGAUCGACUCAUGGGUCGACAAGCUCCCAGCACCAGACAGUACAGCACAAGGUCGUAGAACAGCACCAGCACCAGCAGGCACUACAUGUUGAUACGUCGAUGGGCGGAAGUGUGAUGGUCAACAGGAGUCCUUCGUCAAGUGGAAGUGGCCAGCACCACAGUCCGCCAAGUCCAGGAACUGUACACCAGCUCAAACACCAGCUCUCCUUAGACUCGCAAUUCAGCCGGAGCCAGAGCUCUCCGGCGCCAUCUGUAUAUACCGGUAUGUCUCGCGGGGGCAGUAUGCAGUCCCUAUCCUUCGAUGGUGCUGAGUACAUCCAUCACACUCCCAAGUUUGUGAAGGAUACGUCGAAAUUCUGGUACAAGCCGAACAUUACUCGUGAAGAAGCAAUACUGAUGCUGAAGGACAAGCACCCAGGAACGUUUGUGAUCCGUGACAGUAACUCCUUCCCUGGAGCGUUUGGCUUGGCGCUGAAGGUCUCUCAACUUCCUGCGAAUGUGCAGUCCAAAGCUGUUGAUCCCUCCACAGAACUGGUGCGGCACUUUCUAAUCGAGAGCACAUCGAAGGGUGUGCGGUUAAAGGGAUGCAGCAACGAGCCAAUCUUCGGUAGUCUGGCCGCGCUGGUGUACCAGCACUCGAUAACUCCUCUCGCACUACCCUGCAAGCUUGUGCUUCCAGAACUAGGUGGAUCUGAAAAUGGUGCAAAGUCGGAAUUACCGAGCUCAGCGGCCGCAUUACUUGCCCAGGGGGCAGCGUGCAACGUGCUGUUCAUUGGCAGUGUGGAGAUGGAAUCGCUGACUGGACCCCAAGCAAUAUCUCGAGCCAUGACUGAGAUGCAGAAACUCGACCCCAAGACGACGGAGGUUCAUUUUAAGGUGUCAUCGCAGGGGGUGACACUCACAGAUAACCAGAGGAAACUAUUCUUUAGAAGACAUUAUGCUGUCAGCACUGUUACGUACUGUGGUAUGGAUCCAGAGGACCGAAGAUGGGUCUCUAAGGAUGAGAGUGGCAAAGAACGAGCUGCUAAAGUGUUUGGGUUCGUUGCCAAGAAGCAGGGCAACCAGUCGGAUAAUUUGUGCCAUAUUUUCGCGGAGCUAGACCCCGAUCAACCGGCAUCUGCCAUUGUGAACUUUGUAACGAAGGUUAUGAUUGGUUCGAAGUCAAACACGUCAAAGUCAUGACCUACGUCCACAAGUUCUUUAUAGACUGGUCCCAUGUUCUUUCUAACUCGAGGAGGAGGCAAACACAAACAAAUGGCCGGUUCAGAAUAUAGUGUUGAAGGGGAAGUGGCUAGCAUUCAGGGCUAUUACGAUCAAAUCAUGUGCUCAUCAGUGUAUUCUGAAAGUGACAUUUUUGCCAUGAUUUGUCCGAUUCAAGAAUACUAGCCUUCACCCCUUUUGCAAAUAUUUCUGAAACAUGGAGCAGUCCAUCUGUUUAGAUAUGUGUCAGGAUUGGACAUCCCAUUCAAAUGUGUGUGGGGUGCAGAGCAGUAAGGAUGGACAUUGACAGAAUGCAAAGGAUUAUAUUUGAAAAUUAUUUAAGGAAUAAAGAAUCGUUGAAAGUAUUCAAAAUAGAUUCUAAAUUAAAGGAGAAAUGCAUGAUAAUACUGCUGACAUCAGCAAAUUUAUACAAUGUGUAUUAAUUGAUGAUUAUGUAGAUUUCAGUAGCGAAAAGCUUGUAGAUUUUAUGUGAGGUAGCGUAAAGUUUUAUCAUGCUCAGACUUUGAAGUAGGAUAUGUUUUUAGAUAUGUUAAAGGAGCAAUAAAAAAAUUUCACUGUGCUAGUGGUAUUGAGAUACUCAAUUUGUGGAAAAGAUGCUCUAAGAUAAUCGAUUGGCAAUAAAUUGUGGUAUCUGAUUUUGAAACAAAGUGUUUUGAUGGUUGUGGUAAUAAUCAGCGUCAAUAGAAGUAAAUUUUCGAGUGGUAGGCCUUGAUUUAAAAGAUGGCGGCUGAAGGAAUGACUGUUGUCAUUCACUAUUUGGGAUUUUGAAAGACAGCUGCCAAAUUUGACAUUUGUUAAUCCUUUCCCUCUGUGAUCCAAAAAAUACCUCAGAAGAUGAAUUCCUCUUGCCCUGUUGACUUUUGAACUUGAAAAUGUUUGUAAAAUGCCCUCCGAAAUUUGGUUGUGAACCCUAAAUUGGGGCUUCCUCUUGGAAUCUGGUUGAAAUGAAUCAAAGUCUUCCUUAUUAAUUUUUGUCUGCCAAGACUUUUCUUAACUUGGCUGGGAUAGGCCCGGCCCACUGCACUGCUGAUCUAGGCUAACAUGCAAAUGAAAACCCAAAUAAUAUAAAAUCUGUAUCUCGUACCCAUCAUAAAUUUUCUCAAGAUGAUCGCUCGGGGAUUGAUCAGUUGUAAAUAUAAACAUGUUUAACGGUAAACCUGUAGAAAUGAAAGAGUUAACAUACGUUUACGUUUAAGGAAAUACUGUCAUUUGAAACGAAUUGGCUGUGUGCAUGCUGAUCCUAGGGUAGACGCUCGAUGCUACAUGUAAUUCACUUGAUUAAUCACAGUACAUUAAUACCUUAAUUACGACCCAGCAUGAUCUUAUGCAGUGUUGAUUAAAACAGCACAGUAUUUUAAAAAGCCUGUACAUGUAAAUUAUGUAAAUGUAGUAUAAAGUGAAUUACUGUAAAAAGAAAAAGACAUGAUAUUUUACAGUAAAGCAAAUUAUUGUAAAUUUUUACAGUAAUGGCAUUGUAAAUUACUGUAAAAUAAGGUAUUUAUGUUAUGUACAGUAAUGUGUAUAUUACUGUAAAGAAGUAGAAUAGACAUUAUUUUACAGUGUCUUUGGAAUUUGCUGUAAAAGGCGAUAGUUUUUUUUUAUAUAAUGUGCAGUAGAGCAAAAGACUUUGUAUAGCUUAUUUGGCCGUAUUGACUUGUGCCUGUAGACUCGCUCAGUUUUGGAAAAUAUAUUAUCAGGAUCACAAUGUAACCUUGACCCCUUGUUUAUGAGAUGCUUAGGGUAAAAGGAGAUUUGAAUGUGCUGAGGCAUUCUACUUGAAGGUUACCGGAUUACGUUGUAGCCAUUUGACAAUAGAGGGACCUUGAUCUGAGCACUGAACGUGUGAGGUCACAAGCAAAAUCAACUCCACACUGUUACUUUUACCAGCAGACAGAAACAUAGAUAUGCAUUCCUUAUGCCUGACUGGUCUCAUUGAGGCCCUUUGGAGCCCUUGCUCAUGUUGCUAGUGACAUCUAUUGGUCAGGGACUGCCAGCACUGCUUUCAACUGCUCCCAUUGUGGUUCAUCGCAACUGAAUAUUUCUCGAGAUGCUAAACCCGUUAAAAUUAUGUUUGAUAAAGGAAUCAGUUGAUACAUGUUAUUCACAACUGCUUAUACUAAUUACAAAGUGAGAUACGUAUAGUGUAUAUCAUUCAGACCCAGAUCAUUAAUAUUCUUGAGGAAUUUGAUGUCAUUGUAUACAACAUGUCUCUAAAAAAAAAUGCCGCUCAUAAAUGUACAUAAUUUCGUUUGCUUAAGAAUACCUUGCAGGUUUCUAAUGUCUAAGAAAACAGUUUCUGCUUUUAAUUCACAUUGUGACCCAUCAAAACAUUCAGUGUGGGAAAUCACAUGCAAGGCGUGCAGUACGUGGGACAUUCUGACAGAAAAUUUGAUAAGCGUUUUUUCUGCCUAAGGUAAUAUUCCAUAUUCUGUUGCCUAUCUACUUGAAUAUUCAUGAGCUGGGUUUUCACAAUGAAUAAUUAAAAGGAUUGUUAAAGCUAUGGUUAAUGAUUAAUUAUGUAAGGCUACUAAUUAUUCAUUAUUAAUUAAUAAAUAUAUUUCUACUUAAAGAC